AAUAAAUGAAUAUGGUAAAUAGUACCCUCCCUUUCUCGCAUCUCAUUAAGUGAGUCCCGUUGUAGCAGCUAUAGGUGAAGCUGCCUCUAUCUCUACCAUACUGAAGCAGGUGUCCAACAUGGCGAACGCUCGCAGCGGCUCUCUCGCGACUAUUCUCUUUUUAUUCAUGUCUUCGGCGGCUCUUCACAAAGGAGCUGCACAGGACCCAGUGGUGAGUCAGAACCUGGUGACAGAUAACGUGACCGUGGUGGAGGGAGAGAUGGCGAUCAUCAGCUGUCGGGUGAAGAACAAUGACGACUCCGUUAUCCAGCUGCUCAACCCCAACAGACAGACAAUCUACUUCAGAGACAUGAGGCCACUGAAAGACUCUCGCUUUCAGCUUGUGAACUUCUCAGACAACGAGCUGCGAGUGUCACUGUCUAAUGUCUCGCUGUCAGACGAGGGUCGAUAUGUUUGCCAGCUGUACACAGACCCCCCGCAGGAGGCCUACGCUGAAAUCACAGUGCUAAUUCCUCCAGGUAACCCCAUCAUUGAGGCCCGGGAUGAGGUCCUGAGCGAGGGCAACGAGACAGAGAUGACCUGCACUGCCAUGAGCAGUAAGCCUGCUGCCAUCAUCAGAUGGAUGAAAGGAGAUAAAGAGCUUCCAGGCAAGCCCAAAGUUGAACUGACCUACGACAAGAUGUACACAGUAACCAGCCGACUGACGUUCACCGUUAGCAAGGAGGAUGACGGCGUACCUGUGGCCUGCAUCGUCGACCACCCUGCAGUCAAGGACUUCCAGGCACAGAAAUACCUGGAGGUGCAGUACAAACCAGAAGUUAAGAUCGUGGUAGAAUUUCCUCAGGGUCUGACCAGAGAAGGAGAGAACCUGGAACUGUCGUGUAAAUUCAGAGGCAAACCCGAGCCACAGCGGGUGAACUGGUUGAAGGUGGAUGAUGAUGUACCGUCCCAUGCAGUUAUCACCGGCGCCGAUCUUUACAUUGAAAAUCUAAACAAGUCCUACAAUGGAACCUACCGUUGUGUGGCAUCCAACUCAAUUGGAGAAGCUUACGAUGACUACACCCUCUAUGUCUAUGAUGCUCCCACCACCACCCCUAAAUCCACCACAGCCACCACCACCACCAUCAUCACCACCACCAUCUCCUACCCCGAAAUAAAUCAAGAAACUGCGCCCAGCACUGAACCUGCAGCUCAUGAUUCGCGAGCCGGAGAAGGAGCACCCAGAACAGUGGACCAUGCAGUUAUCGGAGGAGUGGUGGCUGUGGUCGUGUUCGCUAUGCUCUGUCUACUCAUUGUCUUGGGACGCUACUUUGCAAGACACAAAGGUACCUACUUCACACACGAAGCCAAAGGAGCAGACGACGCAGCGGAUGCAGACACAGCCAUCAUCAAUGCCGAGGGUGGCCACACCAAUUCUGAUGAAAAGAAGGAGUACUACAUCUAAUCAGAACAGGACCCCUCACCUCCAAUGUCCUGCUUGGGACACUGAAGGGUUUUUUGGGACGGGGAGAGGGGGGAUAAGGUGGGGGUUGACAGAGGGGUUUGAAUCGGUUCGGUCGAGGGGUCGAGGGGUAGAAGAGACACGGGAUUUUAAAGAAAGGCCUGGUUUUAAGCCGUUGUCUAGUCUAGUCUGCAGAUGUAGAUGGAAUGUUGUGUGUGUUUAAAAAAGAAAAAAUCAAAAAAGGAUAAAAAAUGUUAGGGUCUGGGGUUUUCAGUAUACAGGGAUGGGUAGAGGGUGGGAGGGUGUGCCAGAAAUCACUGUAGAGAGCUUCACCAUUCAACACCUCCCUAACUGCUGGUACAAAUUUUAUUUAGUUCAACCAUUUGCAGAAAAUUCUGUGCCUUGUUCGAAAUCUUUUGGUUCUACCCAUAUUUUGCAUUUGUGUUGAUCAUCGUUUGCAUAACCUCGUUGCUCCCCUUUUCCCGUUUCAUCUUCCCACCUCGUAAUUAUCAGUGUGCUGUUGGCUUUUGUAUGAGGAUAAAAUUACACAGCCACUUUAUUAAUUUCUCUUAAUGUGUCUGCACAAACGGAUCCUCUCCUGCAUAACAAAAACUCUUUCCAGUAUACUGUGAUUUGUCUCAAGCCAUUACUUUCUUCUCUUUCUCCCUGAAGUUUUGACAGCUCUAAAAAUGCAUGGAACGCUUUACAUAUCAUUGUACAAAGGACAUAAAAGAGAAACAGGUUUGUCGUACUGGAUCACACACAACACCACAGAAAGAAACGCGACUAAAACAGAGGCACAGAGGCUAAUGUAAAAAGAUGUUCCCAUUUCAACAGGCCGGUUCAGUUUGAAAAUUCAUAUUUAAAAACCUCGGUUUUGUUUUUGCAGAGCAGAUAUACACCUGUAUUACUGUCUUUUAAGGCAUUACAUUCCUUAGUGAAAAGAAGUAGUGCAUUAUUUUUUCCUCGCUGCACUGCCAUUUCAUUAUUUUGAUUUCUUCCUCUGCUCUGUGUUAUUUUUCUUCUAUUUGGCUGAAUGGAAGGCCUGUCUUCCCACCGGCUUUUAUUGAGUUGUAAUGUUGGUUUUCAAUUGAUUUCCAUCUGCUCUCACCCUAGAAUAUUUUUUAUUAUAAAUGAGAAAGUAAGAAAAUGUAAAUUGUCCUAAAAUUGUUUUUGACACAUCCUCAGUCAAGAUGCCUCUGUAAUAAAAGACUGUUGGAAAAAAAUAUUUGGUGUUAAUAUUUGCCAAUCAGCAGCUGACAUUGCUGGUGUAGUGUACGCCAUACAACAAGUUUUCCAAGUAGAGAACCAGCCUUAAUAUAAUUCCAAACUGAAGCCCAUUCAAAGUUAAGUUACAUUUAAUCGGUACAUAAGCUACACGAUACAUAGCAGUCAAGGUCCUCCCAUUAGCAGGUUCACGUUAUCUCAUUGACACACAGUCCAAUGUAAAUCAAGCCAAUGGAAUCACAACUGUAUUGUACACUAAUCCUUACUAAGAAAUAUUUUUUACAACUUACUAGAAUUACAAUGGAGUACCUUUGUGGAUUUUACUGUAUCACGUUCAUUGUCAGUUUUGUCAAACUGUAAAAUAUGGAAGUGUUAUGGAAAGUACAUGCCUUCGAAGUAGAGUGUUCUGAGAGACAAACCAUUCGCAGCCAUUCACCACCAUACACUAUAUGGACAAAAGUAUCUUUGAGUACAGGUGUUUUGGGUCGCCACAGCUGUAUAAAAUCAAGCACCGAGGCGUGCUAAGGAGCUCACUGAAUUCUAGUGUGGUACUGUAACAGUGUGCCACCAGUGCAACAAGUCAGUUUGUGAAAUUUCUUCCCUUCUAGGUAUUUCACAUCUAGUCUAAGUGGAAGCACAGGACCUUAGCCACAGAGUUAUAGAGCUCCAGCCCUCCUCUGGCAUUAACAUCAGCACAAAUCUGUGUGCCAGGAGCUUCAUGGCACUAAGAAGCUCCUUUAGGUGUAGUGAAUAGGUGACCAAGUACUUUUGUCCAUGUAAUGUACUUAAUUUUGCUCAAAUUCAUUCAUUUUUGAACACCAAAAUAUUAAUUUUGCAUGUAUGCUCAUGCUAGAACCCGUUGUUUUUGCUUCUCCAUCAUGGUUUAUGUACAACCUGCCAAAAGCCAAUGAGAAUCUGUUUCGCUGUGUCAGUUUGGGAGCACUGAGGACACCAAAAGUAAUUAAUUGUUCAUAAGAUGACAUAUUAUACACGUUGUGCUCCUUGGUUGUUAAUCCAUGGUUUGCAUUAUUGCUCUGGCUUUUCAACAUGGCAAUGUGGGUUUACCAGUGACAUUGUUUCUCAUUAUUAUGUGUUCGCACAGCAAGCAACACGCUUAAUGAAUCCUUUCUCCAUGUGACAGCUGUGGGUGGAUAAAGCUGGAGGUCUCAGAUGCCGUGUACAAUUUCAAGAGUUUGAAACACUGAAAGCAUAUUUAUUUCGUGGCUUUUUUCUGUUGUGAUAUUACGUCACAGAUUUGUCAGAGUUAGCAUGUGCCCAACAUCAGCAGUAGCAGUUAUGUUUUUAAGUGAAGGUGAUCUAAUGUUGAAAAACUAGAGUCAAGAGGACAAACUAAAUCAUAUUAGUCAAGGAAAAGGUGGCAGUUUGAUUUCUAGUGUUUGUCUACCAACCACAUACUGUUAAUUUCAGCUCAAAAUCUGAAUUACUAAUGUUUCCUUGUUUAUUGAUAUACAUUAUUUGUUGUUUAUUAAAUGGGACACCUGUGGAACUGGAACAGUUAAGCUUUGCAUUAAAUCCAUUUUAAAGAAAUUUGAAAAGUAGUGCCAAUGCAUCGUAAGCGUAAGAUGAUGCUUGAUUUCUGAAUUACGCCUCUACAUAAAAUUAUUGCAAUCUGUUUAAAAAUCUCAAAUCUUAAACUCGCUUUACCUUUCCCUUGUUUUGUAAUGAGAUGGAAAUGUGUUUCAAAAUGACUUUGGAACAGUUUGGUCAGACAUUGCCCCGCUUUGCAAGUUGUUAACUGUUAAAAUUACUUUCUAAUUUUAAUAGGAAAAUGUUUUUAAGCUUCAUAAAAUGCAUUCUUUGAGAGAAAUCAAUAAGAUGUUGGAAUAAAUAAAUGAAGACACUGAAAACCACUUUUCCAGUUCAUCACUGUUUGGAGCAUUUAUGGAUUCUUUGGCACUUAAUGGUGUUGCUUGCCAUGUGUACACUCACUAUGAUUUAACACUUUGUUGCUAUGUUAAAGAAUUUGAUUGGAUUUUGUUAAUGCGCAGCUCGUAUUGCGACACAUUACCAAUGUGAUAGCUUUAAUAUUUCAUGGUCAUGCAUGAAGACAACAUUCAGCCUUUCCAUGUUGAGAUUUGGGGUGGCUCUUGUGAAAUCCACAGCGCAAAUUACACUUUCUUGACCAUCUGUGCAUUUAAAAACGUUUAAGUUUUGGGGCGGGGUGAUUUUAGAGCACAGCAAGUGGAACGGGGGGAGCUGUGGAUAUGUUAUUUUUAGUUUUGGAUGUGGUAGUUGUAGAUAGGAUUUACAGGAGAGACGUUGCAGACAAAAAUCAAAGAUGUUGUGUCCAACUCUCGCCAUCUGUUUCUUGUUAAAACUUGAGUUCAUUUUCAGAAGUUCUGGACUCACAAAGUAAUUUUAUCACAAAGUUAACACUGUAUGCUGACGACACUGUUUUGUGUUUGUUAAAUGGACGGGUGGGGGUGGGGUGGGGAACUGAUUAGGUAAAUGUUUCACGGUCUGGUGUCUGAUUAAACUAUUAAUUGACUUGUUAUUGUUGCUUUAUGAAUCACAGAGCAGAUGUCACUUUCAUCUGUAAGACUGAUAUUGUGUGAUUUGUAUUUUCCAGUGAGCACUAUUUCGCUUCAGUGACAUGUGGCAGCUUUGAUUUAAAUCAGACUUCAAAAUAUGUACUUGCCAAUAAAGGAAUAGAACUGAAUAUUGUCUUCUCCCUAAGGCUGAUACGUUAAUAUUUCAUUUGUGAAUAUUAAACUUUUUGCAGAUUGGAAUGCCAGGAGUGUUUUACGUUAUAAAAAUACUUUUUUGUUUUCCUAAAUUUCCAACAUAAGAAAGUGAAAAAAAUAUAUUUAAGUACGCUUAAUUAUUCCGAAUCUUAGGUGCAUAACAGAAUGAUAAGGUUAUUGUACAUAUCAUUUUAUUUUCCAUUAUUCCCAGUGAAGUUUUAAAAAACGUUGAUAUGGUCUUAUCUUACAGUGCAACUGAGGUCGUUUUCUUCCCAUUAAAUUCUUUUGCUAGUGUCCUGUCUCAGGUUCAUGCCUUGCUGACUGAUGUGACUGCAUCUCAGGUAGAAUGCAAAAUUUAGGCCCCACCUAUCAAUGACAUAAAAGCAAGUACAAUACAUCAUUAAAUAAAGUACAAAACAGAAGUUUAGGUCCCAAAGCAAAAAGGGUGAGAUAUUUUGCUUCUAUGUUGUACAUGUUUUAUGUAUUUUUCUUAAUAUUUGGUGCACUGUAAACGAUGUGUUAAGUAUUGCUUUGUGUUAACAUAGGUACUAAAGAGUACAAUGUUUAUUGGAAUGAAGCAGGAUCAGAAACUUGUUGUGGCUGUACUUCUGUCAAUUUCAACGCACCACCACCUUUUGAUUCCCAAAAAGUUUUCUUUCGCCAGUCAUUCUUUUCAGAUUGAUUUUUUUUGUCUCUCUGCUGUACUUGGGAAAUGUUAAUGUGUAUUAAUGGAGAAGAGGAGUUCCACAUUCCCAUACACAUUUUGUAUUGGUUCAUAAAUAGACAUUUUUACAAAACAAUGAAGAGUUCUUGUCUUAAUAAAAGAGAAAAGAUAUAAAUGUCCAAAAUAA